UUCAGCACAAGUUUCCGAACCGGUGACGGAACAGGCAGGGAGAGAGCAGGUCCCAGCCUGCUGCUUCAGAGGCUGCUCCAUCCUGGAAGCUCCGUGGACCGCUCCGCAGGUUGUGCUCCCGUGAAGAAGCUGCUCACCCACAAACAGGCACAAGUCUACAUUGCUGUGGAUCAAAACUUCAUCCAGCUGCAACAGGAUGUUUAAAAAAGUCACCGAAUCCAUAGUGAAACAGAUGGAUCCAGAUGGAGACCUGGUGCCAGUUCGCAGCAUGUUGGACCAUGAACAUUUCAGACCCCUGUGCCUAGUGAGAAGGAAAAAACAAACCACAUUCCAGAGGUAUCCCCGCUACAAACAGACGUGGUACAGACUGGAGGACGUGCUGCUGCCUGGACAGGAUGGUAACACCUCAGAGCCUCUCAUUCCCAGUGGAGGUGAACAAGAUGCAAGGCAAUUUCUAAUCAAAAAGACUGGCACUGACAGAAUUGAUGGGAGUCUCAUCCUUCCCAUUGACCCCACAAGAGGAGAGCUGACAGGAGCUGCCUCCUUGGCCAACGAGUGGUCCAUCAAGCUCAAGAAGAACCACAUACCACCAACAAAACUCGAGGCACUGAAAACAGAAAGGAAAAUUAAUACAAAUCAUGCCUUCAUUCAGCAACUACAGAAAACAGGCCAGAAACUGUACGUGGUUCAUGAGACCAUAGAAACCAUGGAGGAGGCCAGCUAUCAGGAAACCUCUGACGCAGAGGGGAAAUUCAUGGCCCAGUUUUACGUCAAGUUCUGUGCCAAGGGCACCAGAAAGAACAUACAGAGCAUAACCAUACCCAAAGGCUGCACCCUGGCCUUCAGGGCAUUCCAGCUGGCCAUUUCAGAUGCAUGGUGGGGUCUUCAUUAUUUCCCAGAAGAAUUUAGAUGCAGUCUUCAAUCUGAUGAUUUGGGCUCGUUCUGCUUUUCAGAUGUCCUGGAAGGAACAUUGGGAGCAUUGGAGGCAGAAGUUAAAAGGAAUUGUCACAUUCUCUCCACGUUGUCUUCUCAGCUGUCCAGCAUCUUAUUAACAGCCAUCAAAGCUGUGAUGGGAGAUAGGAAUCUCUUCCAAGAACUGAGCCACAAGAUGGAAGCAGUUCUUGAUGAAGGUGACAGUGACGAGCUGAAAACAGAGAGCGCAGCCUUAAAAGACCUGCUGAGGCUCUUGCAGCAAUCCUCAGCACACACUCUCCUCCACAUGGCAGCAGCCAUCACCUACACUCUUGAUGCUUUAGAAGAGCUCAGUGAGGAUCAGCUCCUGCUGCUGCUGGAGUCCUUGGAAAACAAGAUCGUGUCCCAACAGCUUAAGCUGGUUGAGAGCAUCUUGAAACAGAGAGAACAUGGGAAUGGGUUCAGCGCAGACCCCAGCUUGCUCUCCUUCUCCCAAGAGAGGGACCACCAAGUAACCAUUGCAAUGCUGGAGAUGAGUGGGGUGAAGCUCCAUGAGGACGGAUCCGCUGCUGGCACAAAUGAAGCCUUCUCAGCCACAGGAGCCUUGUAUGUGUCCCUGUACGUCCUCAGUCUUCUGAGCAAGCCCCAUUAGGUUACACAGCCCUCCCAUGCGGGAUGAUUUAAACAGAAUCACUUAACAAGGUAUCUGAAAGUCUCUUAGCACAAGGCAGCUUCUUUCUCCAAGCUUCAUCCCUGCACACGUGAGGCUCUCGCACUGCUUUGAAGUGAGUGGCAAAGGAAAAAAGCCCCAUCCCUGGCAGUGCUCAAGGCCAGGUUGGACACAGGGCUUGGAGCAGCUGCUCCAGUGGAAGGGGUCCCUGAAGGAGCUUUGGGGUCCUUUCCAACUCCAACCACCAAUGACUCUAGAAGCAAACUUAAGGCAAGAAAACUCCUUAUGGAAGCCAGAUCCCAAACCUGCGUUUUCCUUCCUCCCACCCGAAUCCCAACCACAAACCCCACCAGCCCAAAUGAGCACCCACCACUUGGUUGAGCUUGACACGACCUUGGGCUUCCUCAGCACCCCAGAGCACUGCCACUGAUGCUCAUGCAUCCAGGUGCACCCCAGCAAUCCCUCCCCAGUACCCCCCAGCUCAAGGGGGAUCCCAGAGCAGUUUAUGGGUGCAGCCCCAGCAGCAAGGAGCAAGCUUCAGAUCUACAUUGCAAAGGCUUUGACGGCUGCUUUAUGAAUAAAGCUCUUUACUGACCAA